CGAGAGAGCGAGGUGGCUGUUCUCAAACAAAACAUGGCUGUCUCGUGCGUAGCAUAAAGCCCCCCAUUAAUUUAUGUUGUAAAAUCAUCGUGUAAACUAUUCCCCUUUUAUUUUUAAGUAGUUCUAGUGUAAAAUGAGUGACGACGAUCGGGAUUUAGACAUCGAAAGUUGAAAUUGGAACAUUUUUUACGAAGUGAUAGGGAUGUCUAAAUCACAGAGCUGGUCAUCAGCUGAGCUGAGUCCUCCUCCACCAUCGGCGGAGAAGCGGGCCCACCAUAAUGCUUUGGAAAGAAAAAGACGCGAUCAUAUCAAAGAUAGCUUCAGCAGCUUAAGAGAUUCAGUUCCAGCCUUGCAAGGAGAAAAAGUUGGUUCUGCGUUGCAGGCAAGUAGAGCUCAGAUCCUCAAGAAAGCUGCUGAUUACAUUCAGUUCAUGAGGCGGAAAAACUCUGCUCACCAGCAAGAUAUAGAUGAUCUCAAAAGACAGAACUCUCUCCUCGAAUCUCAAAUUCGAACGCUUGAAAAAGCGCGGGCGUCUGGCAAUUUUGCAGCAGAACCAACCGACAUAAGACUCGAUUCCGGAUUCCCGCAAGAGUCAGAAACCGAUACCUCAGAUUCUGAAUCGGUAAAAACUACUAGGAAAGCCAAAAAAAUGAAGGUCGUCGGGCUAUGAUAUAGAAUGAAAUUCAAAUUACUGCUAACAGAAAAAUUGUAACACUCCUUCUUAAAACAAAGACAACAAGAAUGAAGAUGAAAGUAUUAUAUUUAAAACCCCCACUUCACCUAGUGUUUUCUCUUCUUGUGUACUUCCUUAAAAACCAACUGCAUUUUAGCUUAUGAAAGAUAAUGUUCUCUUAGCGAAUUAUGUAAGGUUUUCUUUCUCACAAGUACAAUGAACUUGUGGAUGAAAGCGAAAGAUCUGACCCUUUUGAAUAGCUGGCAUCGCUGGGAUGAAAACUGUUAUUUUUUGGUAUAAUGAUUCGAUGGAAAAAUGACGGAAGUGCAAAUUAAUCAUCCUUCAUUUUAUUCAAAUCUUUGCCUUAGUACGGAUUUCCGAUUCUCUUAGCUGUACUAGUAACUUACAAUUUUUUAAGCAACCAUUUCUUUCAGCAAUCGUAGCUAUUAUUUGGGUGAUUAUUCAAUGUUGUCUCGGAUUCCUGAAAAAAUAAACGGCAUUCUCCAUCUAUGUUUGGCAGUCGACAGCUUUUGUUUUAAAUUAUAGGAAUAUGGUGUCACUCCUCAUAAGCUUUAUCGCGGGAAAAAAAUAAAAUAUUUUCAUUAUUACAAUAUGAGUCCUCCUCUCUCCUCCCAUUCAUUCAGAUUUUAAAGUGAAGGGUUGCAAGAUGGUUGCGGACUUCUUAAUUUAGUCGUUAGAACGAGAAAUCUAUGAAAAGUAAAACUAUUUAAAAUCUGUAAAGAGUUAAUCAUGCAAACAUGGAAUAAACAAAGAAACAAAAGAGGAAAAAAGAAGUUACGGAGAGAGUUCCAGCCCCAUUGGUUAAUGAGUUGACCGUUUUGAGGUGUUAUCCGCCAACGAGGAGUAAUUAGUCGAUUGUCUACCAUUAGAGAAAGAUAUUUGUUAUUUGGAUCGUAUCAUCCAGAAUAAUCCAGUUCCUCCAAAAUGAACAAAGAUACCUAAGUAAGCAUUGAUUAUUUUGACUAUCCCAUUUGAAUGAAAACCAAUUUCUAAGGAAAGAAAAAGACACAUGAAUUGUUAUACUAAAGUUUUCCUCAUUUGCAGCUUUAGAUCAGUUGUCCUCAUAUUGUAUUAAUUUCAGAAGCCUCCAUAGCCUUCCAUAAAUUGAAAGUUUUCUUGCCUAUCUCAACCUAUAAUUCACAAACCUUGUUUGUGGACAUGAAUUGGUUAACUGCUUGUGUUAAUUUUUAGUGGUUGAAUCCUGUAGUUUUGCGAAAAAUGUUACCAUCGUCAAAACUUUAACUUUCUACUUCUGGCAUUAACAGAGGUACCACCUUUUGCAAAAUGCAAUGAUUGACAUAAGGCAUCGUAGUUGUGCAUCUCGAGGCUUCUUCCACCUUGGUUUUACCUGUGAUGUUUUUGGUGCAACUAUCGCAAAUGAGUGCAUCAGCGUCUGAUAAUCUAAGGUGAAGGCUUACAUCGUGGAGGCAUGCACUAAAGCGGUGAAUGACAUCAAUCUUUGUUGUUUUUAAAAGGUGAAAUCUUGGAUUAUAUUAAAUGGAAAAACUUAGAGUUCGGAAGUUGGAAGGAUCCUUUUAAUUUUUGCUAAUCGUAAACGGCAACCAUCCAAUCGCAAUUUUACAAUUUGCAUAACGGACCUACUAAACUGAUUUUCAUUCUUAUUGUUUUUGCUCUGAAGUCCAAACUUAAUCGGUAUAAUAGUUUUCUGUUCAGUUUAAACUAAGGACAAGAGAACUUUUGUUCACUUGUCUUUCUAAUCAAUGUAAGCUGUCUGUCUCUUCUCUUUUUAUUUUCAAGUAGAAAUAGCUUUAAGUUAAAAUUAUUGCCAUCAUCAAGAUACUAUUGAAUCUGGAGGUCAUUUUACGUGUGAUUCUACUAAAUCAGCACCGUGGAUCGGGAAUGCUUUGCGCUUAAAGUGAGUGGCUGUGAAAAAUUCGUGCAAACUUAUUCGAUACUGCUUACGGAGUAGGUAACUUAUCUUUCCUGACUUUCAAUUUCAGAAUAGCUCCCAUGCCACCGAAAACUCUUUGCUUCUAUGAUUGGAAUAAUUUGAUAUACAUUAAUUUAAUUUAAUUUGAAGCUUAGUUUUAACUUUGUAAAUUUUUAUUUUGUAUCAUAAGACUACUUUUAAUUUCCCCUAUCUUCUCAUUUCCUUAUUUUCAGUACAAGAAUGAAUAUUGAAUAAAUCUUUGUUACUUUAUAA